AUGACGUCAUAUGAAGUAAAUGACACAGUUUUGUGGGCGUAUGAUGAAGGAUUCCCACUUCUGAUGCCUCGCUGGGGAUAUGUUGCAUCUGCGUUUGUGCUGUUCCUUAUCGGAUUUUUCGGAUUCUUUCUGAAUCUGAUGGUGAUUUUGCUGAUGUUCAAGGAUCGACAGUUAUGGACACCAUUGAACAUCAUUCUCUUCAACUUGGUGUGUUCGGAUUUCUCUGUGUCAGUGCUGGGGAAUCCUCUCACUUUAAUUUCUGCGCUUUUCCACCGCUGGGUUUUCGGGAAGACCAUGUGUGUGCUCUAUGGAUUCUUUAUGGCUCUAUUAGGAAUUACAUCAAUCACGACUCUCACAGUUAUUUCCUUUGAACGUUACUUGAUGGUGACGCGGCCUCUUCGUACAAGGCACCUCAGUUCAAAGAGUGCCGCUUUCUCUGUGAUCUUCAUAUGGAUGUACUCUCUGGCACUUACCACACCGCCUUUAUUGGGAUGGGGGAACUACGUGAACGAAGCCGCAAAUAUCAGCUGCUCCGUGAACUGGCACGAGCAAUCAAUGAACACACUAACAUACAUACUGUUCCUCUUCGCAAUGGGCCAGAUCGUACCGUUGUCUGUCAUCACCUUUAGCUACGUCAACAUCAUCAGGACUAUGAAGAGGAAUUCGCAAAGGCUCGGUCGAGUUCGCGUGAGUCGCGCCGAAUCACGGGCGACCGCAAUGGUUUUCAUAAUGAUCAUCUCAUUCACUGUUGCUUGGACACCUUAUUCACUAUUUGCUCUUAUGGAGCAAUUCGCCUCUGAAGGCAUUAUUUCUCCCGGGGCUGGAGUGAUUCCAGCAUUAGUAGCCAAGAGCUCUAUCUGUUACGACCCCCCUCAUAUACGUCGGCAUGAAUACUCAACCACCAAAGGAUACAACACUGCUAUUUCACCGGCGCAUAAAUUAUCCGCCUUUAAUGAUAUCACAGUUCGAUUCAACACAUCAGAGACUAAUUUACCCAGUACUCCCAAAAAACUCAAAGACAGAGCACAAAACAAUGACGAAUCAGAUUUGUCAAAUGAUUCCAAUCGCUUCCCGAAUAAAAUGGAACUAGGAACAAUACAAGAAACAAAAACUAUCUCGGACUGCGAGAGAUCAGCUGACACGGCUUAUGAUGAAGAUAGCAGUAAGAAGAUAGACUCUGACCAUUCACCAACUCUAAUAAUAGACAAGGAUCGUCUGAUAUUUACCAAAAGAAAAAAUGAAAAUCUUGCUUCAAGCGAUGAUAGCACGUCGUCAAAGGGGCUGUUUAAAGAGACAAUAGUUAGUCAAUUUAUUGACAAAGACAGUGUUAAACUGGAGAAAAAUUGUAACGUGUAG